AUGGACAAUAAAAACAAUGUAACUGAAUUCAUUCUCCUUGGUCUUACACAAAGUCCAGAGCUUCGAAAAAUAUUCUUUGUCAUUUUUUUAAUUGCAUAUAUUGUCACAAUUAUAGGAAACAUGCUCAUUGUCAUAACCAUGAUUGCCAGCCAAACUUUGAGAUCACCCAUGUACUUUUUUCUAACCUUCCUAUCCAUCAUGGAAGCUAGCUACUCUUCAGCCAUUGCUCCCAAGAUGGUUGUGGAUUUACUCUAUGAGAAGACAAUCGUCUCCCUGAAAGGCUGUCUGACUCAGAUCUUUGCAGACCAUUUUUUUGGUGGUGUAGGAAUCAUCCUCCUUGUGGUCAUGGCUUAUGAUCGCUAUGUGGCUAUUUGUAAACCCCUCCACUACAUGACCAUCAUGAAUCCUCGGGUGUGCUACCUGCUGGUGGCAGCAGCUUGGAUGGGGGGCUUCAUACAUGCCACCAUUCAACUUCUCUUUAUGUCCAAUCUUGUCUUCUGUGGCCCUAAUGUUAUUGAUCAUUUCAUGUGUGACUUGUUCCCAUUGCUGAAAUUGGUCUGCAUGGACACCCAAGUUCUUGGCCUUUUAGUCAUUGCUAACAGUGGAGUAAUGUGCCUGUCAAUCUUUCUCAUACUAAUUGUCUCCUAUGUUGUUAUCCUCUCUUCCCUGAAAGGUGGUAGUUCAGAAGGAAGGCGAAAGGCCCUUUCUACCUGCAGUUCUCACUUCACUGUGGUGGUCUUGUUUUUUGUUCCCUGUAUAUUCUUAUAUGUGAGGCCUGUAGCCACUUUUCCUAUAGAUAAAGCUUUGUCUGUAUGUAUCACCAUCUUUACUCCCAUGUUAAACCCCUUGAUCUACACCUUUAGAAAUAGAGAAGUUAAAAAUGCUAUGAGGAAGCUCUGGAUCACAAAACUGAGUUUGAUUUUUCAAUAA